AUGGCGCUGUAUGACCAGCUGGCCGUAGCCAUCAGGGCCGAAGAGUUUGCCAUGUGCUCCUUGGAACCAGACAGCGUAGGUUUCGACGAACCGACCGGCGCUGUGGGCCCCAAGGCCCUCACGAGCGGCAUCCUCAGCCACUUGGACGCCGCUUUGGAAGCCAGGUCCUUGGUAGUGAGUCACGCAUUUCCCGAUGUUGAGAAGAGAAUCCAACAGGCCUUGAUCGCUGCCGCAACAUUCAUCGCCAUCGCCGCGGUUGCUGCGGUAUUAUUGCUAUCCAGGAAACGCCAACCCCAGCGCGUCGAGGAGCUCUGCCGCACAGAAGACUGCCAGCAGCACGCUAGCUUGCUGUUGCGCAAUAUGAACACGAGCAUCGACCCUUGCGAUGACCUGUACGGCCACGUGUGUUCCCGUUGGUUACCGGACAGCAGGUACCGCGACUACGUGAAGUCUACGUUGGAUGAGCUAAGAUUUGCGUGGUACAAGGACUUCAACACAAGCCUCUACCGCGGGACGUUGGCGUUGCCUGUCGGGAUGAAAGCCCGCGCCAUGUACGACUCCUGCAUGGGCACCGAAUCGCAGUACGGGGAGUCGGUGGCACAAUUCCUCGAGGUGCUACAGCAGUACGGGCUACGCUGGCCAGGACCCCCCCUUCCCAACGUAAAUGCUCUCGGCGUACUCAUCGCCCUCGACGUCGACUUGCAGGCCGCCUUCUGGUUUACAGUGACAACAUGGAAACUAGGCAGCACACGUGUAAUUGCCCUCUCGCAUGUUCCCUCCAUCUCGCUGCUCCUGCGACACCACCAGAGCGUCAGCUCGAGUGGAAUGUACGCUAGGUACUGGAAGAACUUUGAGACUGUGUUUCUUAACGACUCCAUGCCUCCUACUACCGAUGCCGAAAUUGAGAGAGCUGCUCGUAUUGAAGCCGACAUACUAAAGCGCUUGGUGAACGCCUCCGAGGCCCAGCCGAAGUCUGCUGCCGAAUUUAAGGCUGGGGCCAUCGACCGCUAUACGAAACCACUUUCAUCCGAGGAAUGGAUAAUGCAGCUCAACGCCAAGAUGAACCUGGGCUCAGCGAUCGCUAGCAGUGACAAAAUGAUCUCUGACGACAUCGGCUACUUGAAAGAAAUCGGCAGGAUUUUUGCCACCUACAGCAACGAGGAGCUGCUCACUCAUUUGGCAUGGCAUGUUGUUCAGGAGUACGCAGUUGUUUCCAGCUAUCGGUUCUUCCGUGCACGAUUCGGUAGCGUGGAGGCUAUUGAGUCCCACCGUCCCAUUUUCUGCGGCGCCAACGUUGAAGUGUCGUACAAGGCGCUCGUUCUGGCCCUGCACAUCGCCUCGAAAUUCCAGGCUGAGGAGCGUGACCGCGUGAUGGAAGCCUUCGAGAGCCUCAAGUUGACCUUGUCCGCUCAACUGAAUGCCUCGAGUUGGAUCGAUAUGGCCAGCAAGAAACUGCUCGGCAAGAAGGCAUCGCUUCUCGACAACCGUCUGUGGCCUCUUCCAAAGUUCCUCGAUAAAGACGUGCUCGAGGCUAUUUAUUUCGAUUUUCCGUAUAACGAGCCGUCUUUUGGCGAAUACUGGGUAAAUACGCGGCGGUUACUUCGCAAGGUCCGGCAGAGGGUAUCCGAUUACGAGCACGUCCUGGAGCUGCCAGAUAACAACUCGCCUGAAUACUUCAGCUUCAAUUACAUGCAGAACAGUCUCGGCACAGCACUUGGAGGAGUUGCGAGACCACUAUUUUACCCGAGCGGAACGAUGGCGAUGUUGUAUGGCGGACUCGGGUUUUCCAUGGCGCUCCAGAUGGUGAAGACGUUGGAUAGUGAAGGUCUCAGGUGGAAACCUUCCCGCGGCCUCGGAUACUCUAUAAUGUCCAAGUCUACAAUGACCACUUACCAUGCAAAGGAGAGCUGCCUCAAGAAAAAUGGCUUUCCAAGCAUAUUCCCAGAAAUACCGGCUCUAGACAUUGCCUACGUGGCCUACGAGAAAGCAAACAAGCACGAUCGGCGGAUUGACAGAAAUCUCUCCAAUGACAAGGUUUUCUUUCUGACACUGUGCUACAUGACUUGCACGUCACGUGAACAGAGGCGCACGUCUUCGGCAGACUGCAACAAAGCACUUCUACUGAUGCGGUACCUCAGGACGCUGCGUUGCAUCGACCGCCGACGACUGCCGGCCUGCGUGCAGCGAGUCCUCGGCUGUCCUCCCCCACUCAGCGGCAAAGUCCGCGAACUCCGGGGCCGUUGGGCCACGAGACCGCUCCUCACCAGGCGGAGCCUGAAACACGAAGAAACAACCCCAAAGUGCGAGCACCCAGCGUCUCUAGUGAGCCAUUGA